AUGCAUGACGAGAAGAAGAUGUCCGCCGCAACGGCCGCCGAAGUUGCGGUGGAGGAUGAGGAAAUUCCAGUCGGCGAGCUUGAGGCCUUUCUGAUCCAAGAGGACCAUCCAGAGCAGUCAAUUGGACCUUUGAGGCUGAUCUGUCUGACUUGUGGGCUAGGAGGUCUGCAGGUUGUGUGGUCUGUCAUUCUGUCCAACGGCUCGCCAUAUCUCGUAUCCUUGGGUCUAUCGAAGUCUCUCACUGCAUUGGUCUGGAUCGCCGCCCCUCUGUGCGGUUCUGUCGUUCAGCCGCUCGUGGGUAGCUGGAGUGACCAAAGCUCAAGUCGGCUAGGGAGACGACGUCCUUUCAUUCUUGGUGGUGCAAUCGGAAUUGUCGUUUCCAUGGCUUUCCUUUCCUGUGCCAAAGAAAUUGUGCAAUCAAGAGCCCUAUCCAGUGCCGAAAGCGCGGAGAGUAGAUCAGCGAACACCCCCGUAAUCAUCUUUGCGACGUUCUGGAUCUAUUUACUCAACACUGCUAUCCAGCCAGUGCAGGCAGGGAUACGAUCCCUGAUCGUCGAGAACUGCCCCCUUCAUCAACAGUCUCAGGCAAGUACGUAUGUCAGUGUGAUGACGGGGCUCGGAAACAUUGUAGGGUAUCUUUUCGGAUUCGGCAUCUUGCCCACGAGCAAAGUGGACUUGAUGUCCCAUUUCCAGAUAUUGUGCUUAUUCGCGUCGGUUCUGUUAUCCUUCACUGUUGGAGUCACCUGCAUAUCGAUUUCAGAAAAGCCUGGAUCAUCCUCAACAAGACCUGGGCAGAAGACCAAAGGCCUUCUCACAAUACUUCGGAGCCUGGCCCAAACUUACAGUGGAAUGCCCAGUACCGUUCGAAAAGUAUGCCAUGUACAGUUUCUCUCCUGGAUGGGAUGGUUUCCAUUCCUAUACUACUCGACAACCUACAUUGGGGAAUUCUACGCCGCCAAAGUCCUAUCCUCCGAAGAUGCAUCCGUUGAUCCUCAAGCAGCCAGCGACGCACUCUUCGUCCCAGGCAAGCAAUCCAGGAUAUCUCAAGAAGCAGUCCGCUACGGUACCUUCGCAAGCUUUCUCUUUGCAUUGGUCACUUUCGGGUUCAACCUAAUUCUCCCUUGUCUAGUCAACCGUAAAGGAUCUCGAUCUCGCAGCCUUCAGCACAAGACUACACAGAGCAAGAUCGUAAAGGCCUGGAAAUACUCCCAAGGCUUCUUCGCAAUCCUCAUGUUCAUGACCUUCAUCGUCAACCGCCUUGCAGCAGCGGUCGCAAUCGUUGCUUUCGCCGGUUUCUCCUGGGCGCUCACCCUUUUCGCGCCUUUCGCUAUCAUAAGCACCGAACUGGCCGCACAACAAGCUUUACAAACGGCUGAACCAAAUUUCGAUAGUACUGGUGGCACAGCAUAUACAAAUAGUAAUACUGGCGCGAUAAUGGGACUCCACAAUACAGCUAUAUCACUCCCUCAAAUCCUGGCUGCACUCGCUUGUAGCACAAUCUACGCGCUCACGAAGGCCUUUGGCAUUGCUGAUGGCACUGGUUGGAUAUUAAGGGCUGGAGGCGUUGCAGCUCUGGGAGCUACCUGGCUGUGUCGACGGCUCGAAUGA